ACCCUCCCCAGCUGCUGUGUUAUCAUGGCACAGGAAGCUCAGAAGAAAGCCAACUUUUCAGUGCUGGCGGGGCACACUAAUGGGUUAACGAAGCCAGCAUCCCUUGUGUCAAAGCCUGGAGCUUCGAAGAAACUGGUUAUCAAAAACUUUAAAGAUAAGCCCAAACUACCUGACAACUACACACAGGAUACGUGGCAGAAGCUCCGUGAAGCCGUAAAUGCUAUAGAAAGCAGCAGAUCUAUAAAGUAUAAUCUUGAAGAACUCUAUCAGGCUGUUGAAAAUUUAUGUUCCUAUAAAGUUUCCCACACUCUGUACAAACAGCUCCGCCAAGUAUGUGAAGAACACAUGAAAGCGCAGAUCCAUCAAUUCAGGGAAGAUUCUCUGGACAGCGUUCUAUUUUUAAGCAAAGUCAAUAGGUGUUGGAAGGAUCACUGUAGGCAAAUGAUCAUGAUCAGAAGUAUUUUCCUGUUCUUGGAUCGGACAUAUGUCCUUCAGAACUCUAUGCUUCUGUCGAUAUGGGAUAUGGGUUUGGAGCUGUUUCGCAGUCAUGUCAUAAGUGACAAGAUGGUUCAGACGAAGACCAUUGAUGGGAUCUUGCAGCUAAUUGAGAGAGAGCGCUCCGGAGAGGCUGUGGACCGGAGCUUGCUGCGCAGCUUACUCGGCAUGUUGUCUGAUUUACAAGUAUACAAGGACUCUUUCGAGGUCCGGUUUUUGGAGGAAACAAAUAGCUUGUAUGCUGCGGAAGGUCAAAGGUUAAUGCAAGAAAGAGAGAUCCCGGAGUAUCUUCACCAUGUGAACAGGCGCUUGGAAGAAGAGGUGGACAGGGUUAUUACGUAUUUAGACCAUGGAACUCAUAAACCGUUGAUAGCGUGUGUGGAGAAACAGCUGCUGGGAGAGCACUUGGCUGCCAUCUUACAAAAAGGUCUGAAGAACAUGCUAGAUCAAAACAGGGUGCCAGAUUUGACCCUGAUGUACCAACUCUUCAGCCGAGUGAAAGGUGGCCAGUCAAUCCUCCUGCAGCAUUGGGGAGAGUACAUUAAAAGUUUUGGCAGUUCUAUAGUUGUGAAUCCUGAGAAAGACAAAGAGAUGGUGCAGGAGUUACUGGACUUCAAGGAUAAGGUGGACCAUAUCAUUGAUGUCUGCUUUCAGAAGAAUGAGAAGUUUGUAAACAUGAUGAAAGAGUCAUUUGAGACCUUUGUCAACAGACGGGCUAAUAAACCAGCAGAACUUAUAGCAAAAUAUGUUGAUUCUAAGCUUCGUUCUGGAAACAAGGAAGCGACAGAUGAAGAGCUGGAGAGAUUCCUUGAUAAGAUCAUGAUCAUUUUUAGAUUCAUUCAUGGUAAAGAUGUGUUUGAAGCGUUUUAUAAGAAGGAUCUUGCGAAAAGGUUGUUGGUUGGGAAAAGUGCGUCUGUGGAUUCCGAGAAAUCAAUGUUAUCCAAACUCAAACACGAAUGCGGCGCUGCAUUUACGAGUAAACUCGAGGGGAUGUUUAAAGAUAUGGAACUCUCCAAAGACGUGAUGGUUCAGUUCAAGCAGUAUAUGCAGAGUCACAGCGACCCAGGCACCAUAGACUUGACGGUUAAUAUAUUGACAAUGGGCUACUGGCCAACCUAUACGCCCAUGGAUGUUCAUUUACCAACAGAGAUGGUGAAACUUCAGGAAAUAUUUAAAACGUUUUAUUUGGGGAAGCACAGCGGCAGAAGAUUACAAUGGCAGUCCACACUGGGGCAUGCAGUGCUUAAAGCAGAGUUUAAAGAUGAGAAGAAAGAGCUGCAGGUGUCAUUGUUCCAGACGUUGGUGCUGCUCAUGUAUAACGAAGGAGAAGAAUUCAGUUUGGAAGAAGUAAAAAUGGCUACAGGAAUAGAGGACGGUGAGCUGAGACGAACUUUGCAGUCGCUUGCGUGCGGCAAAGCUAGAGUUUUAAACAAAAUUCCGAAGGGCAAAGAAGUGGAAGAUGGCGACAAGUUUAGUUUUAAUGGCGACUUCAAGCACAAGCUCUACAGAAUCAAGAUUAACCAAAUCCAAAUGAAAGAAACAGUAGAAGAACAAGUCAAUACAACUGAAAGGGUUUUCCAAGACCGUCAGUACCAAAUUGAUGCAGCUAUUGUACGUAUAAUGAAAAUGAGGAAGACGCUGACCCACAACCUUCUGGUAUCAGAGCUUUAUAACCAACUAAAGUUUCCUGUCAAGCCUGGUGAUUUGAAGAAAAGGAUUGAAUCUCUAAUAGACAGAGACUAUAUGGAACGGGACAAGGAGAAUGCCAAACAGUACCACUAUCUGGCAUGAACAAGUUAAAGAUGUGCAUUGACUGAGUAGAGAAAGCUGUGCUGGCCAGAUAAUGCACCCCGUGCUAAUCUUAUAGUGAAAUAAUGCCACUGGUGUGAGCAAAGCAAAUCUCCUCUUGAUCACCCCCAUCCUUAAUACGCCUUAGUAAUAUUUAAUUAGCUUUUUUUCCAUAUAAUACAUUUUCUUUGUGUGGCUGUUUAAAGGUAUAUUGUCAUUAGUCAUUUUUUUAUGAAUGUCUUCUUCCUUUCCCACUUUUCUUUCUGCCUUUCUCAUGAGGUUCUUUCUUCUUCUGUUUGUUCUUUGUCCUUCUGUUCUUUCACGUUCCUGCUGUUUCUGCUUAUAUUGCACUCAACAGCUGGAUCUAUUAACAGACCCUUAAUGCUGCAUAUUUAUUAUUGGAUCCAAGAAGGGGGAGGUGGGGGGGGCAUUUUAUGUUCUACAAGUUCCUUUCAGAAAUAAACCAGCAACAGAAUUACUUGUUUUCUUUCUCUACCGGCAACAUGCUCAGUGACAGAAGAAACGACCUUCUUCAUACAGUCUGUUCUUUUUGAUAUUUGGUAGCUUGGAACCAAGCAGUGGAUGGAGCGAUGUAUAUGUCCCUGUGCGUUUGAUAACUAUUGCUUCAAUGUAGGUUUGU